AUGAGCUACGGAUCUGAUGUCUUCUCCUCCUCCUCCUACCGGAGGAUUUUCGGGGAAUCUCCCCGUUAUGCGUCCUCUCCAUCGCGCACAAAUAUGAACGUGUCCUCACGGGGAGGUUACCGGUCCUCCUCUCUGUCCCGGGGAAACGUCUCCUCCCUUGGCUCGUACAGCAGAAAGUCCGGCCGUUCCUUCUCCUCCAUGCCGCUGGAGACCUUCGACCUGACCCAGAGCAGCGUUCUCAACAAUGAGUUCAAAAUCAUCCGCACCAAUGAGAAGGAACAAAUGCAGGGUCUCAACGACCGCUUUGCAAUGUUCAUCGACAAAGUGCGCAACUUGGAGCAGCACAACAAAGUGCUGGAGACGGAGUUGGUCGCUCUGCGCCAGCGGCAGACCGAGCCGUCCCGCCUGGCGGAGCUUUACCAGCAGGAGAUCCGCGAACUGCGCUCCCAGCUGGAUGAGCUGAACGGGGAGAAAUCCCAGCUGAUGAUCGAGAGAGACAACAUAGAAGACGACCUACAGAAGCUCAGGGGGAAAUACGAAGAGGAGUUCCGCGCCAGGGAGGAGGCGGAGGUCACCCUCAAGGCGUUUAAGAAAGACGUGGACGAUGCCACCAUGGUGCGCCUGGACCUGGAGAAGAAGGUUGAAUCUCUGCUGGACGAGAUCAACUUCCUCAGGAAGGUGCACGAAGAGGAGGUGGCCGAGCUGACGGACAUGAUCCAGGCGGCCCAGGUGUCCGUGGAGAUGGAGGUGUCCAAGCCGGACCUCACCUCCGCGCUCAAAGAGAUCCGCGGCCAGUACGAGUCCAUGGCGUCCAAGAAUCUGCAGUCCGCCGAGGAGUGGUACAAGACCAAGUUUGCGGAUCUGUCCGAACAGGCCAGUCGGAGUAACGAGGCCAUGCGAGCCAGCAGGGAGGAGAUGAACGAGUUCAGGAGGCAGCUGCAGUCCAAGACCAUCGAGAUUGAGAGUCUGAGGGGAACCAACGAGUCUCUGGAAAAGCAACUGCGGGAGAUGGAGGACAGGCACAACGUGGAGAUCGGAAACUACCAGGAAAGCAUGGCAGAGCUGGAGAAUGACCUGAGGACCACUAAGAGUGAGAUGGCUCGCCACCUGAGGGAGUAUCAAGAUCUGCUGAAUGUCAAGAUGGCACUGGAUAUUGAAAUUGCAGCAUACAGGAAACUACUGGAAGGGGAGGAGACCCGCAUUGGGACGGGCCUCUCCUAUCCGACCCCUUCCAUAACCUCAGGGCAGGGCUACAGCUAUCAGACCCGCAUUUACUCCAGCUCCGGCAAGAGCUCCAAGAAGGAGGGAAAGGACGAGGAGCAACAGCAGCCGAUUAAGUCUGGGGGGAAGGUGUCCCAGCGCGAAGUUUACGAGGAGACAGUCGUCACCACAAAGAAGAUGGAGAAGCAGCAGGAUGAUAUUCCCAUCAAUCAGAAAAACUAGGAGCCUUCUGUAAGCCUGAUCUGAACCCCUAAAGCUUCCCUUCUCGCAAACCUCUUCAUGUCCCAUCCUAAAACAAACCUUGAGCAUUCACACUUGAAGCACUUCAUAUGAAAUAGUGAGAUUGUCAUGGUUUCUAUCUAGACUGGUGUGUGUUGGAUGCGUGCAAGUG